GUCUUGCACAGGUGUCCCGGCUCCUCCCCUCCAGUCUUGCACAGGUGUCCUGGCUCCUCCCCUCCAGUCUUGCACAGGUGUACCGGCUCCUCCCCUCCAGUCUUGCACAGGUGUCCCGGUUCCUCCCCUCCAGUCUUGCACAGGUGUCCCGGCUCCUCCCCUUCACUCUUGCGCAGGUGUCCCGGCUCCUCCCCUUCACUCUUGCGCAGGUGUCCCGGCUCCUCCCCUUCACUCUUGCGCAGGUGUCCCGGCUCCUCCCCUGGAAUGAAUCGGCUUCCUCUGAUGUCACUGCACACUGGGAGUGUCUCACAAUGUGCAUCAGAAGCUGCAGCUGAUCAGAUAAAGCUCCGCCUCAUUUCCUAGCUGGAGGACAUCCAGCAUCAUCUAGUGCUCUCCUCCCCAGCCUAACUGUCCCUGGCCCCACCCCAGCAUCACAUGUGGGCGUUACCUAUGUAAAUACAGCCUGCCUAGGAACGCCCACUCCUCCAAACUAUCAAAGCAUUUAGAAAUUUACAUAACCCCUCCCACUGC